AUGAGCCUGAACUUUCUCUUCAGCGUCCCCCGCUGCUUGGCAGAGUAUAAUGGAGCAAAGAAGCUCCUGGGGGAUGCGGCCUCGUUAACUGUGCAUGAGCACUCUGCGAAGGGCGACGUGGCGGCGCCUGGGCUGUUCUGCGGGUGCGACCCGGAGGGCAAGCCGCUGGGCUCCGGCGGUGGCACGGUGCACCUACUGCACGAGUGCUACUUAGACGAACAGCGUCAUGCACCUGCAUCUGCGAAGAAGUCGUUCCUGUCGUGGCUGCGACUUGCGGACAAGGAUGGCCGCGUGAUUGUGCACGCUGGUGGCUUGAGCCGCCGCCUGCCGGCGUACGCGGCAGUGGGCAAGGCACUGGUGCCGUUGCCGCCGUGCCGGUGGCGCCGUGGCAGCCAGCUGUCUCGCACGCUGCUCUCGACGCAAAUGCCGAUGUACCGUGAGAUCAUCACGACGGCGCCUGCCAACCUGCGCACGUUGAUCGCGUGCGGCGACGUCUGCGUGUACCUCAGAGGUUCUCUGCCGUCUUUUUCUCACCUCGCGGAUAGGGAUGUUGUGUGCUUUGGCAUUCGUACUGACACGCACAUCUUGGAGAACCAUGGCGUGCUCUUCACGACAUGCGAGAAGCCACUUGAGCUGGACUACAUGCUGCAGAAACCCUCGUUGGCCGAAAUACGCCAGCGCACCGCCGAGGGCAGGCAUUCGUUUCUCUUGGAUGUGGGUAUGUGGAUGCUGAGCGACCGCGCAGUGGCGAUUCUGGCUCGCAAGUGCCUUGGCAGAGCACUGGACACUGAUGACGUGAACGGCGGCGAGCAUGAUGGGCACCGCUGCGCGGUGGUGUGCAACUCAUACGAGCUGUACUCGGAGUUUGGCACUGCACUGGGCCGGAACGCGUCGCAAGCAGAUCCGGAGGUCUCCGGACUGAAGGCGGGCGUUGUGGAGCUGCGCGAUGCGGUGUUUCUGCACUACGGGACGUGCCGUCAGCUGAUCUCGUCGACAGCGAAGUUGCAGAGCUGCGAGUCUCCGACGCCGUCGUGGUCGUGGGGCACGCCGUUCGACGGUGUACUUGCGCCUGAGUGCAACGGCGGGAAGGAGGCGCGGCUGCCUACUGCGGCUGCGGAUGCGCCAGCGGGCGACGCGGGGGAGGAGCUGGACUUUGCUGCUGGCGACGCAGUGCCUCUGCUUGCGACGCCAUCGUCGGUAAUUGUACAAAACUCUGUGCUACUUGCACCUCUGGAUGGGUCCGCUGCCGCUGCCGCUGCUGCUGCUGCUGGAGCAUCCGCAUUCGCCCCGGUAUCGCCUGUGCACCACCUCUGGGUGGAGAGCAGCUGGGUGGGUGCGCGGUGGGUGCUGCGGGGUCAGCACAUCCUGACGGGGAUCCCGCGCAAUGACUGGGCGCUUGCACUGCCGCUUGGUGUGUGCGUGAGCGUUGUGUCUGUGCUGCCCGCUGCGCUUGGUGUGCACGGCUGUGAUGACGGUGCUGCACUGCACGCUGCGCGGCCGUACCACAUCGACGACGCGUUCCGUGGAGACGUGCGCAACGGCUCGACGGUGUACAUGGGGAUGCUCCUGCACGACUGGCUGUCGAGUCGAGGUUUCAGCGUUGCGGAGCUAUACCCUACUGCGCGGGCUGCGGACAGAGAUACCGCGCAACCACUGGACAUCUCCGAGGCUGCACUGUUCCCCGUGUGCGUGACGCAGCAGCAGCUCGGCGACUUCCUGUACGUUGCUACGCUGUCGCUGGAGGCGACGACUGGCGGCGGCGCUGCUGUGGACCCUGUGCGACUCUCUGCUGGACAGUCUGUGUGGCGAACGCAGCCGCGCGUGUCUGCGAUGGACCUGCUGCGGCUGGCGGACGUGCCUGCGAUACUGCGCAACAACGAAUACUACGAGCGGCGCAUGUUGACGCUGAUGCUUGCGCUCGUGGGUGCUAACCCCGUGUUCCAGGGUGGGUGCAGCUCGGUUGUGUCUGUGCCGAACACGCCGAUGGCCACGCCUGCACUGUCGAGUGUGCGGCCGUCGGUGUUAUCUGACUCGAUGAUCGCGCUGCUGCAGCAGCAGUUCUCUCUGUUGGACCUGAGUCGCGUUGCAAAGCGCGUAGUGGAGCUUGGCGUGACGCUGCCGCGGCGCAGCGGGACGACGGAAGAGUGGGACGGGGUGGACGCAACUGCCAAGACAGUAUCGCUGCCACACCAGCCAGACUCGAUAGAGUCAUUUGGGAGCGAUGCCGAUGCUACUGCGAGUAGCUGGGCACGCAUCUUCACGGAUGAGAGGAGCCCGAACGGUGACCGCAGGGGCGCGCCGCUGUGCUUGGCGCCUGGACGCAUCGUGACGGCGCACUACCACAUGUUUGUGAGCCGCGUGAUAGAGCUCGCGCUGGAGGCGAUGGAUGCUGCGCAGCCGCCGAUGACUGCGGCGGAGAAGGCGCGGCGCCUUGAGCUACUGCAUGCGCCGAGCGCGAAGGAGGCCCGCUCGCUAGUGACUCGGCACAGUGCCACCGCCUUCGCGGAGCUAUGCGCCGCCAUUGUGGACUCCUUUCCUGGUGAGCGCCACAACCCAGAAAUUGGUGUUUACCUUGACCAAAUCAUCUGGGGUCGCUGCCCCAUCCGUAUCGACCUUGCCGGUGCUUGGACGGAUACGCCGCCGUACACGAUCCUGAGCGGCGGCAGCGUGAUCAACGUUGCCGUGGAGCUGAACGGGCAGCCACCGGUGCAGGUGUACGUGCGUGCACGCAAGGACCCGACCAUCGUCAUACUCUCGAUCGACUCCGGCGAGCAGCUGAGGAUCUCGAGCUUCGACGAAAUCCGCACGUAUACGGCGGUGCAGAACUCGUUCUCGAUUCCGAAGGCUGCACUUGCGCUGUGCGGGUUCCUGCCAGAGUUCUGCACGACGGCGUACGCGACGCUGACGGAGCAACUGGCGGCGCGGUUUGGCAACCACGGGCUGGAGAUCUCACUGUUUGUGGCGAUCCCAGUGGGGUCCGGACUGGGGACGAGCUCCAUCGUUGCCGGCACCGUGCUGCAGUCACUGGCGGAGUUCUGCAAGCUGCCGUGGGACGUCCACGAUGUGUGCCGCCGCGUGCUGUUGAUUGAGCAAAUGCUGACUGCUGGUGGCGGGUGGCAGGAUCAGUACGGCGGCCUGUUCGAGGGUGUGAAGCUGGUGCAGUGUGUGCCUGGGCUACCGUGCUUGCCUACUGUGCGCUGGAUGCCGGAUAACGUGUACACGGACCCGAGGUUUGCUUCGUGCCACCUUCUCUACUACACGGGGAUCACUCGGACAGCAAAGGGCAUUCUUACGGAGAUUGUGCGUGAGGUGUUUCUGAACAGCGGUGCGACGCUGCAGCUACUGCAUGAGAUAGGUGGCGCUACCACUGCCGCAAUGUACAACGCUAUCACGACCGGCAACUACGAAAGAUACGCGCGGCUUAUCCACCAGACGUGGGAUCAGAAGAAGCGGCUGGACAGCGGCGUGUGCAACCCUGCAGUACAGUCAAUCGUGGACAUUGUGGAACCGUACGUGUGGGGUCUGACACUGCCUGGCGCUGGUGGUGGUGGCUACAUGUACAUGUGCGCGAAGGACGAGGCGUGCGCUCGGCGGAUUCGCGAGUUGUUGACAGCGAAUCCGCCGAAUGGCAAUGCCCGCUUCGUGGAGAUGAGCGUGUCGUCGUCCGGUCUGAAGGUUAGCCGCUCUUAG